GGCUCUCCCAAACCCAAACCCUAGAUCAGUUUUCCUCAGAAACAGUAUCUCUGAACGGAAAAAACCCAAACGCUAAGAUAAACGCAAAAUGAAGGGAGGCACAGUGCAGAUAAAUUGGCACGACACAAAACCGGUCCUCACCCUCGACUUCCAUCCGAUCUCCGGUCUCCUCGCCACCGGCGGCGCCGAUUUCGACAUCAAGCUUUGGCAAAUAAAUUCCGGCGAAAGGCAGGAGAUACCAAGUACAUCUUAUCAAAAUAGUCUUUCUUACCACAGCUCUUCCGUAAAUGUCUUGCGCUUCUCUCCAUCCGGAGAGCAACUUGCUUCUGGUGCUGAUGGAGGUGAGCUGAUCAUAUGGAAGUUGCACUCUGCCGAAACUGAACAAGCUUGGAAAGUCCUUAAGAGUUUGUCAUUUCACCGUAAAGAUGUUCUGGAUCUCCAGUGGUCAACAAAUGGUGCAUUUUUCAUCUCUGGAUCAGUUGAUAAUUCUUGCAUAAUAUGGGAUGUCAACAAAGGUUCUGUUCAUCAGAUAUUGGAUGCUCAUGCCCAUUAUGUUCAGGGUGUUGCUUGGGAUCCCUUGUCCAAAUAUGUUGCGUCAAUUAGUUCUGAUAGAACUUGCCGGAUUUAUGUCAAUAAGCCUCGAACAAAAACAAAAGGUGCUGAAAAGAUGAAUUACAUUUGUCAACACGUCAUUACAAAGGCAGAACAACUGGUGGAUGAUUCUAAGUCUGCAAAAGGUCAUCUCUUUCAUGAUGAAACAUUGCCAUCAUUCUUCAGAAGAUUGGCCUGGUCACCUGAUGGAUCAUUUUUGGUUGCGCCAGCAGGUUCUUACAAAAUCUCUAGUUCAUCUGAAACAGUAAAUACUGCAUAUGUGUUUUCCAGGAAAGACUUGUCAAGGCCCUCUCUGCAGCUACCUGCUGCUGGCAAACCUGUCGUUGCAAUUCGCUUCUGCCCAGUGGGUUUUAGCCUUCGAGGGUCAAACUCUGAUGGCUUUUUCAAACUUCCAUAUCGCCUUAUUUUUGCCGUUGCAACUUUGAAUUCGUUAUACAUAUAUGAUACAGAGAGUGUUCCUCCCAUUGCAAUUUUGGCUGGGCUUCAUUAUGCAGCCAUCACUGACAUCGCAUGGUCCUCUGAUGCUCAUUAUUUAGCAUUGUCAUCACAAGAUGGUUACUGUACUUUAAUAGAAUUUGAGAAGGAUGAACUUGGAUUGCCCAUUUCUCUCCCAGAACCACAAAAAGUCAUUGGUGAUGAGAACCAGAGCCCAGUAGCCCAGAAGCUGCAGGACAGGUUGAUUGAAACGCCUGGAGGUGAUGGUGCAAUGGCAACAGAUGACAGAAUGACAGAAGCUCAAAGGAGUAAAGGGAAACAGGCAUUGCCAAGCUCAUCUAAUACUCCCAUAUUGAAUAAGCCAACCAAGCGGCGAAUUACUCCAAUGGUUAUCGAUCCAUGAUGUUUGUCAUGUUAGCCUCUGUUAAUUUUUGUUUUAGUUGAUAUACCAAGGUUUAAAUCCAUAUGGCAGUCAACUAAUAGAUACAGGAUGCAUGUAAGCUGUUUACUUGAUAGAUUCUGGUCUAACUCCCAUCUAGAAAAUAAGAACAUUUUGCUCUGAAGAAAUUUUUAAAAAAAUCUGAUUUCCGUGGUCACGGAAACAUACACGCUGGAGCCCUAGGGGAUUGCAUGGCAAAAUUCUUUUGGAGGCUUGCAUAGAGAAUUGAGUUAUAUUUGAUCAAGAUGAUGAAUCCAGAAUGGAUAAUGAAUCAUGAAAUCACGGUGUGUUUACUAUGAUGACCUCCUGGUAUAAUGGCCAGUAACCUCAUGGGUUGGUGUAUUUACGUAUGACUUUCGUCAUUUGAACCAUUUUCUUCUGUCUCUUCUUGAUGAAACAGCAUAGAGCAACUGAGAUGAAUCCAAGAGUAGUCCACCAACCUAAAGUAAGACAACCAUUAUAACAGCUGAAUUGUUUCCUGGUGAUGAUGGUAGAGGGGGAACAUAAGGUGGUUAGGGUGGAGAAAUAGAAUGAUGGGGAAGGAGGAACUAAAUUGGAAGGUGGUUGCUGUAGGAGGUGACACGUUUGGAGGUGAUGGGUGGGAUGGUGGUGGUUGCACCCCAGGAGCUGAUAUGGAUGGGUUGGUAGCACCAAGUGGGGCUAUGACAUUGUGUUUAAAUUAAAUUUUAUGGUGUUAU